UGUGACAGGACUCUGCGAGAAAUGCCAACAUGGAACCGUGGCAAGGACGAUGUUCUUUCCAACAAUAACACUGAAAGAGACAUCUGGAUUCAUCCUAUGUCAUACAUCCACUAUCCGGAUAUUUCAAUCCAUAUUUACACAAGUGUUUACAAACCGUGGCAAUAUCUUCAGCUUUCCUCUGAUCUGCACACCAACAAAUGGUCUCCAUAAGUGACAAAGCGGUGGCCACUGCUAAUGAAUUGUUCGCGGACCAUGGUUUGGCCACCUUGCCUUUCUUCGAGGUGGGCGGCAGUGAGAGCAGCGAGAGGGGCAGCUCCAUCUCGUGCUCCAGUCCCGAAGCGGAAGAUGCCGGAGCUCGGCUCGGCUACAGCCCGGGCGAGGAAGACGAGGAUGAAGGCCCGCUACAGAUCUUUUUAGACUCCACUGAGGAGUUGUUGACCCAGACGCCCAGGCUGCCUGAUUUCAUACAGCAACUGCCCAGCACCUUCUCUCCAACCCUGGAGGACAUUGAGGAAUUCUUGAUGGAGAAGAUGGAGCUGGUGAGAGAUGCUCCUCCGAGUCCGGAAGAAACGUCUAAGGGCGAUGAGCCUCCCAUCCAGCCGUCUUCCCCCAGUGACGCAGAGCCGAAAUCCAACACGACCUCGCCGGCCCCUGCCACUCAGAGUGUUAACGCCACGCCGGUGCUCGUUGGUGCUCCAUUCGUGCUUCAGUUGCAACCUCUCCAGCUAAGCCACACCCUCCAACAGCCAGACAACCAAUCGGGCGUGGCCAACGGGCUCAGAGUGGCCCACCUGGUGCUCGGUGUCCAAGGGGCACAGAACAUUACCCUUCUUUCACCACAGGUGCCCUCAGCAACCUUCCUCCCUAUCAUGGGCGAGGCCAUCAAUCAAGACCAAAAGUAUGUGAAGAUCGCUCCUCUGCCCAUUGCCGUCAGGGCGGUCGGAAUAGCGGGUGCAGGCCUGGUCAAAGCCAUCACGCAACGUUCAUCCAGGUCCUCCACGGAAACCUUGAGGGUGCAUAAAUGCUCUCACCCAGGGUGCGAGAAGAUGUACACUAAGAGCAGCCACCUGAAGGCUCAUUUCCGCAGGCACACGGGGGAGAAACCCUACCUGUGCAGCUGGCCAGACUGUGGGUGGAGGUUCUCUCGCUCCGAUGAGCUGUCCCGCCAUCGGCGGUCUCACUCGGGAGUCAAGCCUUACGAGUGCACAAUGUGCGACAAAAAGUUCGCCAGGAGCGACCACCUAUCCAAACACACCAAGGUGCACCGGGGUCCUCGCGCCGGCAGACUGGUCAGGGCGAAUGUCUGAGCACGGGAUAAAACUGGAGUGUGAUUCCUGGAGUCUGAGAGGGAAAGCUAUGAUAUCUAAACGGGCUAACGAGCUGUAACCCUCCGCCUUCAUUUUCCUCUCCUUUUCCUAGCCCACUUUUUAUGGUUUAUCCAGAUGUUUGUGUUUCUUGGUGCUAUAGUAAGCUAACUUGAAACUCAGGGAUGUGAUUGUUAAGCUCAAAGCAUAUUUCUGGCUUUUUGGUGAGUUAAAGGGAUAGUUCACUUUGAAAUGUUCAUUUUUGGUGUGUUUUAGCUUACCUCAAGGGCAUCCAAGAUG